AUGCUGACCGAGUUCGACGAAACAUGUGGAUGCAUCGGUCUUCAGCUGAAUCUGCAAAGGACGUUCAUGUUCAUGCGCAACGGAUGGGUCUCGGAUGCCCCAUCCACGCUCAACGGAACAAACACAUCUGAAUGCACCAGCUACGUUUAUCUGGGUCGGGAAUUGAACAUAAUGAACAACAUGACCCCCGAAGUGGGCAGGAGGGGACGAGCGGCUUGUGGAGCGUAUAAGAGCCUCGAGGAUGUAGUGAAGAAGGCCAGGAACACCCAGGUCCGUGCUCACCUCUUCAACACCACCGUACUUCCUGCUUUGACCCAUGCAUCGGAAACUUGGGCAUUUCGCAAGCAGGAAGAAAACGCGGAAGAACCACUGGGCGACUCUGGCACGUUAUCGGGACAAUUGGAAGAAUUACUGGCGCCUGCUCGACCAGUUCAAAGAUCAGCGGGAGUCAAGGUGAUCAAGGGACCAUGGAGUGAAACAGGCAGUCUAUGGAUUCGAGCUCAUGAUCUCAUCAUUGAAGAGUUUGUUUGGACAAUAGUUGUUUGCAACAAAUAUUGGAGAUUGGUCUCUGUUGUCAUGAGUUUUGUUUGCCCAGCUGAAUCAGAAUUUUAUGAGGACAACGACAUCGCUUUUUUGUAA